GGGAAAUUAGCUUUGGCAGCUGAUUCUGCUUCCAUAGCCGAGCUAGAAGCUCCCUUCCAUGGCCGCAAUCUACUGCUCCAUUUGAUACGGCCAACUCUUCUCUCUCACUGCCUUCAACUUAUUAAGCUUCUCGUAAACUUCCAAGGCUAAGAUGGCCAAAACGCCGCCGCCUGAUCCCGCGGCGGUGCUCCGCGGCCAUCGCGCUUCCGUCACCGACGCCUGCUUCCACUUCUCCCGGCCUGUUCUUUUCACUGGUGCCGCUGACGGUGAGCUGAGGAUUUGGGACACAGUACAGCGCCGAACUGUAGCAUCAGCAUGGGUUCAUAGUGCAGCUCACGGGAUUAUUUCUGUAGCUAGUAGUCCUGUCAUUGGAGCCAACAAAAUUCUCAGCCAGGGAAGGGACGGAACUGUCAAGUGCUGGGACAUUGAGAAUGGCGGUCUUCUGAGAAAUCCUUUGCUCACGAUUGAGACAAACUCGUAUCACUUUUGCAAGCUUUCUUUGGUCAAAUUACCUUCUGCCCAUGGAAGACAAAAUGAAGUCUCUGAGCCUUCCCAUGAGGUGGAAGUUAGAAAAGAUGCUGUGGAAAUAUCAACUGAUAAAGGAGAAGUUCAGGGGAGUCUGACAGCGGACUCCCGCAACUCUGAAGAGGAGGAUUCACCAGCUGAGGGACUGAAAUACAUAGCUAUAGCAGGGGAAACAUCCUCUGAGGUUGAGAUAUGGGAUCUGAGAAAUACUGAGAGAUCUGUAAGAUUCCCUCAAAACAACCUUGGAGGCUCCCAAUGUAGCUCUACCAAAGAAAGAGGCAUGUGCAUGGCAGUUCAAGCCUUUUCACCAUCUGCAUCUCAGGGGUUCCUGAACAUUGUGGCUGGUUAUGAGGAUGGUUCGAUGCUUUGGUGGGACAUACGUAAUCCAGGGCUUCCUGUAGCCUCUGUCAAGUUUCAUUCAGAGCCAGUGCUGAGCUUAUGCAUAGAUGGCCAAUGCAAUGGAGGUAUCUCAGGAGGUGCAGAUGACAAAAUUUUUAUAUACAGUUUGGAUCAUUCUCUGGGCUCAUGUUUGGUGAAGAAGGAAAUUAGUUUGGAACGUCCAGGUAUAGCGAGUACAUCAAUAAGACCUGAUAACAAAAUUGCUGCCACAGCUGGAUGGGAUCACAGGGUGCGGGUAUAUAAUUAUCGCAAAGGAAGUCCACUGGCAAUAUUGAAGUAUCACCAUACUACGUGUAAUGCUGUGUCAUUCUCGACUGACUGUAAGCAAAUGGCCUCCGCAUCAGAGGACAAAACCAUUGCACUGUGGGAACUGUAUCCUCCUCGAACAUGAAACUCUUGGCACCAAUUCAUGGAAUGAAAUCUUGGUAUUAUGAGCAAAGUUGUUGUCAACGACUUCCUGGAUGGGCUUACUGGUACCCAGUUUGACUCUCUUGGUUCCUGAUGAUAGAUCAGAAGUUUCAGAUUUUUCACUAGCGUCUUCCAUGAGAUCGUGAAGUUGCCAUUUGGUAUUGUAGUUGGAUGUGGAUUAUCAUCGUCCCGAGUCCAAUGCAAUGAAAUACGACCGUCUCUAUCAUUUCAAAUCACCUAUAAGCCCUAUUGUCAUGGAUGCCAGGCUUCUAAUACGGUCCCUUAAGGUAGAGAGAGAAUUAGUCUUACGUUUGAGGUUCAAGAGAGAAAAGGGCCUAUUUUUGUCGGCUAUUUCAACCCAUAUUGCUGCCCUGUGUUCAUCAAUUCACUAACGUUGGCCUCGGGCCUGAUCCGACUCUGGGAAUUGUAUGGUCUGAACUCAAAUGUAACAACAGCAUUGCCUUGUAAC